AAAUGCAAAAAAGUAUUACAUAUUACAUUCAUCAUCAUUCGUCUCAUUCUCAAUUUCGUUUCUAUCUCACAAAAUAAAUAGAUUACAAAAAUGGCAAUGUGAUUUGAUAUCUCUCUCACUCGCUUUCGUCGGUGAAGGGAAGAAAAAGCGAGAUUUCGCCGCAAAGUCCACACCUUUGAUCGAUCUUGAUUCUGGGUUUCUCCCAAAUUGAUUGGUAUCGAAUUCGAUUUCUUCAGGAUCUCAACCCACAAGAAUCAAUCAUGCUUUCGUUAUCCUCUUCUUCUUCCUCGUCGUUGCUUCGUCCGAGUUUACACUGCCAUGGUUCUUCUUCUUCUGGUCGGUCCGUCGUUUUACCAAGAAGGAGUGUUAUCUCGUUUCGUCGGAAAGUCUCUUGCUGUUGCAUAGCUCCUCCUCAGAAUUUGGACAACGAUGCCACUAAAUUCGAUAGUCUCUCUAAGUCAGGAGGAAGUAUGAGUAAACAGCGAGAGCCUGAGAAUGAUUCUGAUGUUCUUAUUGAAUGUAGAGAUGUUUACAAAUCGUUUGGGGAAAAACAUAUCUUGAAAGGUGUUAGCUUUAAGAUUAGACAUGGGGAAGCUGUUGGGGUGAUCGGUCCUUCUGGGACUGGGAAAUCAACCAUUUUAAAGAUCAUGGCUGGACUUCUUGCUCCAGACAAGGGAGAAGUUUAUAUACGAGGAAAAAAACGAGCUGGUUUGAUAAGUGAUGAGGAAAUAUCAGGACUUCGUAUUGGCCUGGUAUUUCAGAGUGCAGCUCUCUUUGAUUCUCUAUCAGUUCGUGAAAAUGUUGGUUUUCUACUUUAUGAAAGAUCAAAAAUGCCGGAGAAUCAAAUAUCUGAGCUUGUGACACAAACCUUAGCAGCUGUUGGACUGAAGGGGGUUGAGAAUCGAUUACCUUCUGAGCUAUCUGGUGGAAUGAAGAAAAGGGUUGCUUUAGCUCGUUCACUAAUUUUUGAUACAACAAAAGAGGUCAUAGAGCCAGAGGUGCUCUUGUACGAUGAGCCAACUGCUGGACUCGAUCCAAUUGCUUCAACUGUAGUUGAAGAUCUUAUACGGUCUGUUCACAUGACGGAUGAUGAUGCAGUUGGAAAACCUGGAAAAAUUGCGUCUUAUCUGGUUGUAACACAUCAACAUAGCACCAUUCAAAGAGCUGUAGACAGGCUAUUGUUUCUGUAUGAAGGAAAGAUCGUUUGGCAAGGAAUGACACAUGAAUUUACAACGUCAACUAAUCCAAUAGUUCAACAGUUUGCUACAGGCAGCCUCGAUGGACCAAUCAGAUACUAGGGGACGCAAUCUGAGACAUUUUGGGAUUGAAGAAAUGACGAGACACGGUUGGCACACAACAUAUGUCUGGAUUCUGGCAAAAUCAGUUCACAACCUCUGGCUUCCCAUUAAGAUUUGCAAGAAACCGUCCUAAGAGCAAUUAGUUCACAAGAAACUUCAGUUCCUCCUAAACAAAGCUUUAGCCUACUUGUAAACACUCUUUAUUCUUAGAAGCAUAGAUCAGGAAAGCAUUGUAAGUUGUGAGGUUUCACUAUAUAAUGCAUAAAUGAGAAUUGGGGUUUUUAUCUGCCAAGAACAA